AUGCCCGAGAUGGACGAGUCCGAGGUUAUAGAUGAACCUCUCUCGGCCAUAGCAGAGGCGUUUGAGGAACUGUCGAAGAAGAUGAAGGAGAACGACAAAGUCGUUGAUAUUCGCUUGGACACUUUCUGCGAGGCCUCCUCUCUCGUCUCCGUUCUCUUCCGUUGUCUCGGCCUCGCUUUUAAAUUCGCUGAAUUGGAAUACGUCGCCAAGCUAGAAGGACUAGUGGAAGCAUCAAAGACAUGUCCUACUCUACCGGAUAUUCUUAACCUUGAUGUCGCCAGUGACACAGUGAAAACAUCCGGAAGCUAUUCACGUAAUCUGCGUAGAGUUCGGCAGGGUCUUGAUCUUGUCAGAGCUAUAUUCGAACAACUUUUAUCUACUGACGAUACUUCUCUAAAAGAAGUGGCUUCAACAGCUUAUGGGCAGGUUUGUGCACCAUAUCACACAUGGGCGGUACGAACAGCUGUGUACGCUGGGAUGUAUACACUUCCAACGAGAGAACAACUUUUGAUGAAGCUCAAUGAAACAGAACAAUCAGCGGAGAAGAAGAUGAGGAGGUAUAUCGCUGCCUCACUUCCGAUUAUAGAAUACAUUGAUCAACUGUACCUUUCUCGAAAUAUUACGUUGGACUGGUGA